AUGUCCAAAGUAUUUAAAGUCAAGGUCAGAAUGUACUCCGUCUACACUCAAGCCAUUUUUGCCCCACUGGGGUUUGAGACUAGGUUAGUCUCUCCUUUAAAUGCGGAAAAGUGGAAACAUCUAACUGAGUCUCAGAACAUGAAUCUUUCAUUCCAGAUAUUGGUUCAAGAAAAUGGCACCAUCAUAGUACAAACUUUGGCUAACGGAACGUCUGUUUUAGAUGAGAUCAAAACAUCUGUGAUGGAGGACGCCAAACCCAUACAGUUUAAUGUUAGAGAUCCUGUUAUUUCUUGCAAAUAUCUUAUACAUGAAAAUUCAAUGCAAGUUUUGAAAAGAUUUCAAAUCACUUUAACGAGUUACAGCGACUUCUCCAAGAUUUAUGAUUUACUUUCUAUAUUGAAAUUCAAAAUAAAGUAUGCUAAACCUAAAAAUAUACAUUUGGCGUCUCCAACGCAGCAACAAUUUCAGAGUCCUCUCAAAACAGAUGCUCCCAUACACAGCCAAAUGAGGGACUUCACCUGUCCUGAAAGCAUACACACUGAACCCGCUACCUCCAAUUUAUCUUUGGAAGCCAUACUGAAUUCGAUGGUAUAUCCCACCCAACACAAAAUCAAUGGCAAGAGCUUUCCGUUAAGCCAAGAAUAUCAUACUAUAUCAGAGCUGAUUCGAGAACCGAGAAGUUUUCCAGAAGCGGGAGCUUUCGACACACCUUCAAAAAUCAACAUUAUAAAAAAUAAAGAUUAUAAUAAUAUGAUUGAAUUGUCUAAUGCCGUAUCUGUACUCACACCAACAGUCGAAUGUAAAAAAACAGGUUCUAGAAAAGAGUCUUUUAUUUUGCCUACUCCGAGUCAAACCUCUCAAGUGGUUAGUGAGAAGAUUAAACACGUUGCAUCCCAAAUGGAAAAUAACGAUGUCGUGCCACUGUUGAAAACUUUAGAAAAUACGAACGAAAAUCCGAUCUUGCUUUCUUCGCUAAUGAACCUAAAGAAACCGCAGUCUGAUUUAAUAGGCUUAUUCCCGCAAGAUAGACAAGAGAAAGUACUACCAUCUCCAAUGAGUGAAGCCAAGAAUGCUGCAGAUGGAACAUGUAAGAAAAACAAAGAUUCCACUGAAGAAGAUAAGUUCAAAAAGACAAAGAAAGACAAAGAUGUAGAUAGAAAAAAAGAGAUAAAAAAUACAAAGAAAAUUGCAGAAAUUGCUAUUUGUGGGUCUCCAUCUUCAUUGAAAAUCACAAAGAGGAUAAUCAAAGAGAAGGUAAAAGAUAGACAGUUCAUGAAAUGGGUAAGUACACUAUGA